AUGUGCAACGAGCGGUCGUCAACAUCAACCGUAGACAUCGCAGAUAACAGCGACGUUAUUCUGAUAGUUGGUCCCAAAGAAAAACGACUCCGCGUAUCGUCUUUGUCGCUCGCAAAUGCCUCUAAGGUCUUCCGUAGCAUGUUUGGCCCACACUUCCGCGAGGGUCAAAAGCUAGGUGACUCGAGCAGUUGUAUCAGAGAGGUGCCCAUGCCGGAAGACAACGCAGACGCUAUGGAAAUCAUUUGCAACAUAAUACACUUUCGUAGUGUUCCUGAGAAUAUUAAUGCUGACCUGUUAUUACACGCCGCGAUCGAAGCAGACAAGUUUAACUGCAGAAACGUGGUGCAUCAUGCUAGCACGCUUUGGUUGAACCAGGCAGAGUCAAAAGAGCUAAUUGAGCUCGCACAGCUUAUGGCUUCUUCGUACCUACUCAACAAUUCUAGAGCCUUUGGUCAAAUUACUCUAAAAAUGAUUUUCUGCCAUCAGGGCUCGUAUCUUCCACUUGCGGAACAGGAAAUUGGACUAGACCUCACUGUCUUGCUAAGGAUCUGCUGUCUACUGGAAGAGCGGCGAGCCCUAUUAAUUUCUAAGGUAGCACAUGUGCUCUUUGAGGGAGCUAUUAUCAGUUGCAUGAAUAGCACACAGUGUUCAUGUGCAUGGUCCGAAACACGCAGUCACGCUUAUGUGGAACUACUACAAUCGGAAGCACUGCAGCCACGGGAACUGCAUAAGAUGUCACUGACACAGAUCAUGGGCAGAAUAGACAACCUGCGUGAUCCAGUCCUCCCUCAGAAUACCCAACAGGCGUCGUGCAGUUAUCGAUGGCACUCAGAACCAAAUUAUAGAGGAUCGCGCGGCUAUAAGUUAGAUUUGAUAAAGGCUGGGGGUGGUCUUUGUAUUGACUGCGUCCAGCGAGGCGCUGGAGCUACGACACGAGAGUGUAGGAUGAAACGCUAG